UUAAGUUGAUUAAGAACCAAUUAUUGACAGCAGCGACGUGGGGGAAAUGUUAUAACGGGGGAGAGAGGAGCAAUUAAGGGUAUACUCUCCUGACCCCCGUCCUCCUUUAAUUCUACACCCCUGCGGUAGAUACAACCAGCAACCUCAGCUAUUUGAUCAUGGCUUAUUAUUGGGACGCCUCCAUCGUUGGAAGGGGACAUUGGAAGAUCAAAUAAGCCACGCCCUGGAUCUUUUCCAGUCCCUUCAAUUUUGGACACUGCUGUAAAUAGCGGAGGCGCCUGCCAACGCUCAAAUGGAAAGACCGGAGGGAACGGGUUAAUUUCAUCCUCCGAUCGUCUUGGCCUGGGAAGGAAGGUGGCUGCUGAUUUAACAUAUUUUUUAACACUGCGUAGGGCGUGUACAUUUAGUACCGCCCCUCGUCUAGAACAACCAAGCAAAAAAGGCCAAUGGAAUCGAACCAUCCGGCACGCGUUACCAGAAACCACUCUGUCAUCGAGACAGCCGACCCAGAGACUUGUACCCGAAAUUGCAGCGAGGAUAUGCCACGCUGCAAUUGUGCGAAGCGGUGCUCAAGUGAAUUGCAGAUGAGACGAGCGGGAAAUACUUUUGUCUGCUUACUGCCCUGGCUCCGUCCAGAAAACAUUUCACAGUGAGAUGUCUCCUGGGCCACCCCUUCACGCAAUCGAGCCCUGGCUGGCACGACAAGUAGCCUAAUGAAAAAGAGGUGUAGCCAAGUGUUGUGGUUUGAAGUUGUCUGUCUUGGUUUCUGUAAUGUUUCUGACGUGAGCACAGCAGUAGCCUACACCUCUUUACUCUUCAGUGCUGGCCAGUUCGCACGCUUGCAUGCUUUCUUUCAGUGUAUUUAUCUACAUUACAGUUCAUAUACCUUUAUCAUUUUGUGGUAUCUUUCCGCUAAUACAAUAUGGGUAUUCUUCGUGUACUAGAGAUUAUAUUUUUCUUUUAUUUUGCUUCUCACAUUCCUAUUACAUUAUUAAUUGAUCUUCAAGCAUUGCUUCCCACACAGGUGUACCCAGAACAGCUAAAAUAUCUUUUGCGAUGGUAUGGGUCUGAGUUUAGAGAUCCCAUGAUGUUGGACCCGCCCGCCUGGUUCAAAUCUUUCAUCCUCUGCGAGGCCCUGUUGCAAACCCCUUUCUUUCCCGUUGCGGCUUACGCCUUCCUCAAAGGAGGCUGCAGGUGGAUCAGGAUCCCAGCCGUUGUGUAUUCCACCCACGUUGCCACCACCCUGGUCCCCAUCCUGGCCCACAUCCUCUACCAUCCCUUCCCCACUGAGCCACACCCUGGUCCCCAGACCCAGAAGGAGCGAUGGACCCUGGUGGCCAUCUAUGCUCCGUACCUCCUGGUUCCCGUGAUGCUGCUGUUGACCAUGCUCUUCAGUCCAGCGUACAGCCCCGGUGCACAGGGAGGGAAAGGUCCGGCGAAGUCGAAGAAGAUUAAAUAAGACUAUGUAAAACCUGGGAGCCGCUGGGUUUGUGCCGUCGAGCCAACUUGACGAGCCAAACAUGAAGGGCUUGAUAACUUGAACAUACAGUGGAUGUAUGUGAUGUAAAAGAAUGAGACAAUGUUAAAUCAUGUCCACUUUUAAUGAGACCUAUAAUGUGAAUAAUUCAAUUGAAAAACUAAUUGAAAACUUUUGAGGGGGAAAAAUAAAAACUUACUAUAACCUGGUUGCACAAGUGUGCACACCCUCUUAUAACUGGGGAUGUGGUUUUGUUCAGAAUUAACCCAUCAUAUUCAAAAUCAUCUUAAAUAGAAGUCCUUACACACCUGCCAUCAUUUAAAGUGACUCUGAUUAAUCACAAAUAAAGUUCAGCUGUUGUAGUAAGAUAUUCCAGAAUUUAUUUUGUUGCAUCUCAGAGCAAAAGCCAUGGUCCGCAGAGAGCUUCCAAAGCAUCAGAGGGAUCUCAUA